GCUACUACUACCGCCGGCGGGGCGCGGGGCAGCGGCAGCGGCGGCUGAGAGCGCUGGGCCGGGCGUGCAGCGGCUGCGGAGGCUCCUUCUGCGCCGGAGAGCGGCGGUGCCCGAGUACGGGGGAGGAGGAGAAGAACGAGGAAAGGCGCGGGGGCCCCUCGGUGGGGCGCAGGGUUCCGCUGACCGGGCGAGUGUGGCGGAGCGCGGUCUGUCCGCAGCUGCCCCGCCGCCGGCCGGUCCGCCGCCAGCUUCCCGCGGAGGUCCAUGAGUGGCGGGCGGGCAGCCCCGGCAGCGCCCCGCGCCCGCUCCCCCGAAUCCGGCAGCGGCCCGUGGCGGCGGUGAGAUGGGGGGCAGCCUGGGCUGCCACCGCUCCAUCCCCCGCGACCCGGCCGACCUGUGCCACAGCCGCAAGUUCAGCGCGGCGUGCAACUUCAGCAACAUCCUCGUCAACCAGGAGAGGCUCAACAUCAACACGGCCACGGAGGAGGAGCUGAUGACCCUGCCCGGGGUCACCCGAGUGGUGGCCCAGAACAUCGUGGAGUACCGCGAGUACAUCGGCGGCUUCAAGAAAGUGGAGGACCUGGCGCUGGUGAGCGGGGUGGGAGCGGCCAAGCUGGAGCAGGUGAAGUUCGAGAUCUGCGUGAGCAGCAAGGGCAGCUCGGCGCAGCACUCGCCCAGCUCCGUGCGCAAGGACCCGGCCUCUGAGCACCACCUGUCCGCCACCAAGAUCAACAUCAAUACGGCCACCCCGGCACAGCUCAUGAGCAUCCGUGGCAUCACUGAGAAGAUCGCCAACAGCAUUGUGGACUACCGUAAAGAGCACGGGCCCUUCAAAAGUAUCGAGGACCUGGUGAGGAUGGACUGCAUAAAUUCCUCCUUUCUGGACAAAAUCAGGCAUCAGAUUUUUGCAGAGCGCUCCAGGCCCCCUUCAACAAAUACCAAUGGUGGCCUCAACUUCAUGGCCAAGCCUCACCCCAGCCCCACCUCUCUAAGCCUCCAGAGCGAGGACCUGGACUUUCCUCCCGGGGGUCCAACCCAGAUCAUAUCCACUCGCCCCUCUGUGGAGAUGUUUGGGGGGGUGAGAGAUGGCAGACCCGUCUUCAGGGUGGCUACGUGGAACCUGCAAAGCUGCUCCAUCGAGAAGGCCAACAACCCAGGCGUGCGGGAGGUCGUGUGCAUGACGCUCCUGGAGAACAGUAUCAAGCUUUUGGCUGUGCAGGAGCUGGCUGACAGAGAAGCAUUGGAAAAGUUUUGUAUGGAGCUGAACCAGCCGAUGCUGCCAAACAUCCGCAAGUGGAAGGGCCCUAGAGGAUGUUGGAAGGGUGUUGUUUCCGAAAAACCCUCAGGCCAGCUACACAAGGGAGUUGAAUAUUCUGGCUUCCUCUGGGAUACAACAGCUGGCAUUGAGCUGAAAGAUGCCUCAUCUCAGGAGACUGCACAGACUAAUGGCAAUGGGAGGCACUCGUAUCCUCAUCCUUAUCUUGCACAUUUCAAGGUUGGAAUGAAUGACCUGACCGUGGUUAACCUUCACCUGGCCCUGCCGCCCUCCGCAGCAGAGAACAGCGGGAAGAACCACGACAGCCACAAACUGGCAGCCUGUGCGCAGAGUUUGCAGGAGACUCUGAAAGGAGAAAAAGAUGUAAUAAUCCUUGGAGAUUUUAACCAGGCCCCAGACAGCAGCGACCAUGACAUCCUGAGGAAGGAGAAGUUUCACCACCUGGUCCCUUCCAGCACCUUCACCAACAUCAGCACAAAGAACCCACAAGGGUCCAAGUCGCUGGAUAACAUCUGGAUCAGUCGGAGCUUGAAAAAGGUUUUCACAGGCCACUGGGCUGUCGUGCGAGAAGGGCUCACAAACCCAUGGAUCCCUGAUAACUGGUCCUGGGGUGGGGUGGCCUCAGAGCACUGCCCCGUGCUCGCUGAGUUUUACCUGGAAAAGGACUGGAACAGGAAGGAGGUGACGCGGAAUGGGAACGGGGUGACGGUUGAACGCAGCGACUCCCACACUAAGCACGAACGAUGACGUGAACUUGAGGGUGCCUCUCCUGCCACCCAGGGAAGGCUCUGGUCACUCAUGACUCCACGGCAGAGCAGGACUGCCUUCCCCUCCCUCUCCUUCCUGCUCUCCUCCCUGCACCUAGAAAGCAUCAGCACUUGAUUUUGGUGGUCCUUGCUUUGUGCCCCUCCUGGACAGUUCUGGAUGGAGCCUCAUGGCAGCAGAACAAUCUGCAACUUUUUCCAGGGACAUGGUGGACAUUUCCACACCUGGAGAUUUGGAUAAGAAUUGUACAGAAAAUAAAGUGUACUUUUAAUACUGGAAAA